AUGUGGACGGCAGCUGUUCUGUUCACGGUGGCGGUGAGCGUUGUCCACACGCAAAAACCGAACACAAACACGGUCCUCAGAGUUACAAAAGAUGUGCUGAGCAGUGCCAUCUCCGACACGCUGCAGCACAAAGAUGUUGUCCGUGCAGCCCUGAGGGAAGUCCCCAUGGGUGUCGGUGGCGUACCCUACAACGACUUCCAUGUUCGAGAACCUCCCCCCAUGUAUACCAAUGGCAAACAGCUCGGUGGUAAUUACAGAUACGGUCUCAUUGAGACCAACGACAACACCGCCCAGCUGGGGGGCAAAUACCGCUACGGGGAGAUCCUGGAGCCCGACGGCAGCAUCCGGGACCUCCGCAGCGACCAGGACCACUACUAUACCCGCAGCCCCUAUGCCUACAGCGCCCACAGGGACUACGGGCGGUACAGGUCGGCCGCUGGCUCGGGCACCGGGCCCAGGCGUCGCCGCCGGCGGGAUCUGCGGCGGGAUCUGCGGCCUGGGGAGCUCCCGCCAGGUCUGGCCACCGGAGCACUGGGCCCUGGGGGCUUGCUGGGCACCGGGGGCAUGUUGGCCACGGACGGCAUCCUGUCAGGCCAAGGUGGCCUGCUCGGUGGAGGUGGUCUUCUUGGCGAUGGAGGACUUCUCGGAGGAGGAGGUGUUCUGGGAGUGCUCGGUGAAGGUGGCAUCCUGAGCACUGUGCAAGGAAUUACCGGGCUGCGCAUCGUGGAGCUGACCCUGCCCAGGGUGUCCGUGCGGCUCCUGCCUGGCGUGGGCGUCUACCUGAGUCUGUAUACCCGCGUGGCCAUCAACGGGAAGAGUCUCAUUGGCUUCCUGGACAUCGCAGUGGAGGUGAACAUCACAGCCAAGGUCCGGCUGACCAUGGACCGCGCAGGCUACCCGAGGCUAGUCAUCGAGCGCUGCGACACCCUGCUGGGGGGCAUCAAGGUCAAGCUCCUGCGGGGCCUUCUCCCUAACCUCGUGGACAACCUCGUCAACCGAGUCCUGGCCAACGUCCUCCCUGACUUGCUCUGCCCCAUCGUGGACGUGGUGCUGGGACUUGUCAAUGACCAGCUGGGUCUCGUGGACUCUCUGGUGCCUCUGGGCAUCUUGGGAAGUAUACAGUACACCUUUUCCAGCCUGCCACUGGUGACCGGGGAGUUCCUGGAGCUGGACCUCAACACUCUGGUAGGGGAGGCGGGAGGCGAGCUCAUCGACUACCCGCUGGGCCGGCCAGCAGUGUCCUACCGGCCAAUGAUGCCAGAGCUGCCCCCGAUGGGCGACAACACCAACUCCCAGCUGGCCAUCUCUGCCAACUUCCUGGGCUCUGUGCUGACCAUGCUGCAGAAACAGGGUGCCCUGGACAUCGACAUCACGGAUGGCAUGUUUGAAGAGCUUCCUCCACUCACCACGUCCACGCUGGGGGCCCUCAUUCCCAAGGUGUUCCAGCAAUACCCCGAGUCCUGCCCGCUCACCAUCAGGAUCCAGGUACCCAAGCCACCGUCGGUGACACUGCAGAAGGACAAGGCACUAGUGCAGGUGUUUGCCACUUCUGAGGUCAUAGUCUCCCAGCCCAACGACGUGGAGACCACCAUCUGCCUCCUCGAUGUGAAUACAGACCUCUUGGCUUCAUUUUCCGUGGAAGGGGACAAACUCAAGAUCGAUGCCAAGCUGGACAAGGCAGAACUCAACCUCAAAACCUCAAAUGUGGGCAACUUCGAUGUGUCCAUCAUGGAGAGACUAGUUGGCAAGAUUUUUGACCUGGCCUUUAUGCCUGCGAUGAAUGCUGUGCUGGGUUCUGGGGUCCCUCUCCCCAAAAUCCUCAACAUUGAUUUCAGCAACGCUGAUAUCGACGUAUUGGAGGACCUUCUGGUGCUGAGCACUUGA